UUUUUUGAUAUGUUCAUUUUUUAAAAUUUUAUUAGGAUAUUCCCGUAUACAUAUUCCUGAAUUAUUUCUAGUGAAUAAUUCUCCUGUUAAUUUGCCUACAAAUGCUUUGGUAUCUUCUCACCUACCCAAUGUCCUUUCUAAUCCUGAUUUAGACUUACGCAUUGGACUGGAAGUCUGGAACAUCAUAUUUAUCUAUAUGCCAAAAGGAAAUUUAACUCUACACAUGAUGAUAUGAUUGUCUGUGGAUGGCUUCAAAGGGAUGAUGACCUUAUCCUUGCCUCUGGUGUACUUUCGUGGAUUAAUUGUCCGCUUUCCACGCAAGCUUCUGAACUAGGCCUUAUUCUUCACAGUUUACAUUCUUCGUCUUCUGCCUUGUAAUAAUUCUAUUACAUUUUACACCAAGCAUCAAUACAUCCCUUUUUCAAACUUUUGCUACUCCUCUCCUGAAUGACAUGUUCGGUCUCCCUUAUACAUCCUUUGGAUGGCCAUUUAUUGCUGCACCUCCAACUCCAGUCUCAACUGCACCUUUUUACAAAUUACGGAUGUCUCUAAUGAUGAAUAUUUCUCCUGUUGUUCUUCGCUUACGGAUUCCCUCAAUGUUCCCUUGUUUCCUUUUGAACCUUUGUUUGAUAUUCCCACUCCCUCCCAUGGAUUACUUGUCGCCUUUUUAUGCAACGAUGUUCCUCUCAUUAAUGAUCCAGUCGCCUAUUGGCAUACUAUCUCGGACAUGAAAGUCUUCUUUGAAUUAUUAAGUUUUUUUAGAUUCACUCCAUUGCGGUCCUCUUACUUUGUAAUUGAUUGGACUCUUACUUUUGGCCUUCUCAAAGACACUCUGUACCAUUGUUUAGAUAUUUCACAUAUUUCUGCCUCUUUUCGAUUCCAGCUCCAGCUCUGGUUUGAUGAACUUCUCUUGAUGUUUCGCUUACGACAUCGUUACCUGGAUUUAUAUGCGGAUGACUCUUUGUGUCCAAAUUGCGGUAUCUUUAUGGAAACCCUUGAACAUUUCUUUACAUGCUUCCCGGAUGCCGACUCCAGUCUGAUCGAUAAUAAUUCUCCUUCAUUGCCUUCUCAACGCAUUUUAUUGGAACUAAUGGAUCGAUUUUUAAAUCGCCUUGCUCAAAAAGCUUCAUCUUCUCCUAAAGCCCGACAAGACUUGGAUUCUCUCCUUUUCCAAUUAAAAGCUCUUCCUUCUGUUGGCUUUUCGUCUCUUCAAACAUACUCUGAGUCCUCUUCAUUUACUGGACUUUAGUUUCUCCAAGGUUUUAUUCCACGUGAUCUUUCUUCCUUAAUUACUUCUAACUCCAAACUACCUCAGCGU